UCUCAGCUGGUGGGAGAAUCGGAGAGGAAAUAGGAAGUGAAGAAGUGAACUUUGUUUCCAGCAGGUUUCUGACUGUUUGGAUGAAGAUGCUGGUUAGGAAAUGACAGCUGUGGGCCUCAGAAGUCCAAGUUUCACUGUGUAUGCUUCCACCAUGAUGCUGAGCUGCAGCGGUCUGGUCGUCGCCCUCCUGCUGUCCCAGGCCAGAGGCUUCCUGAACCUCUCGGAGGACGACGUCCCUGAAGAGUGGGUGCUGCUCCAUGUGGUUCAGGGCCACAUCGGGGCGGGAAACUACAGCUACCUGCGCCUCAACCACGAUGGGAGAAUCAUCCUGCACAUGCGCAGCCUCAAAGGAGACGCGGACCUUUACGUGUCGGAUAAAACCCUCCGGCCGAGCUUCGACACCUACAAGCUGCAGUCGGCCACCUGCGGCCAUGACGUGGUGGUGGUGCCGGGGGACUUCGCGAGGCCCGUCGGCAUCGGUAUUUACGGCCACCCGUCGCACAAGGAGAGCGAGUUUGAAAUGCGGGUGUUUUACGAUCAGACGGUGCUCCAGGACCCGUUUGAAAAGGGCUUGUACUCUUCAGAAGACGGACAUAAGCAAAAGAAAUCCCCUCAGGCUGCAGACGAGGACUUUCAGGAAGAGGAGUCGAUCUUUUGGACGAUUCUAAUCGGACUUUUAAAGAUUAUACUUGAGAUUUUGUUUUGAAAAAUUGUUUCCUUCCUUCCUUUCUUGCUGCUGUGACGGAAGGAGGAGAUUCUGCUUUCUCAGUUAGUUCCGAUACAUUAAAGAUUAUUUUUCUUUCGUUCUGUACGGAUGAGAAAAUGUCACACCAGACUCCAGUGGGAAUUCUAGCAUUUUUAACAAUUCCUUGCUUGUGAUCAAACCUACAUACUUGAUAGAAACCUUUAAAAAAGUUGAAGUAAAUACGUAUCUCUCUCUCUGUUUCCAGUCAAACUGUAAUAAGUAUGUAUGUUUGAAGAUACGCAAAUGAACAUUAACCUGUCAAAUUUA